CGGCUUUAGUUACAAGUGUAACCGAUCGGGAGACCUUUCUUCUAAGGUUCCAGGGAAGACAGGCUACUACGCCCUGUAAAUUGCGCCGUCUCGGGCGUGGAGAGACGCCGUAGCUUUCUGACUCCUUCCCCCGGCCCCCCCCCUCCCCCAAUCCUGCGGGGUGAAGCCCGGGGUGGCGGGAAAGCACGGCGUAGGCGCUGGAGGGGGAAAGGCAGCCGCAAGCCUGCCCUGGCCUUCAGAAGUGACCUGACGCCAGGAAGGAGGCUGAUUAACCCUUGGGCUCCCCCUCCCUCUCCGGGGGGUGCGAGCCAGCUCCUCCUCCUCCUCCUCCUCCUCCUCCUCGCGGUCGAGCGACCCUGGAGCGAGAUGCACACAGCCGCCGGCUCUGCGCGCCCUGCCCUUCCCUCCCAGCCUAGGAAGAGGAGAGCGGCGAGGGCGCAGCCCAAAGUCCGGUGAGUCUGUGGAUCCGGAGUGAACGGCCCCGGGCGAGCCGGCUUAGGCCCCGCGACCCUCGCGCCGGCCGUGCACCGCAGACGAUCCCUCCGCCCGCCCCUCCGCGGAAUUUGCACCCGGCUCCUGGCCUGACCCCAGGCCCCGCGACGCCCCCAGCCCCGUGCCUCGCGCAGGUGGCGCAGACGCCCCUGUCCUCCGGCGCCCCCUGCCGGGGAGAGGGAAGGCGGCGGCCGCGGACGAGCCGGGCGCAGGCGGGGAGAGAGCUCCGGCGCCGCCGGGAAGAGGCCGGGAGCUUCCCUGAUGGUGCCGCCACCUCCGAGUCGGGGAGGAGCGGCGAGGGGGCAGCUGGGCAGGAGCCUGGGUCCGCUGCUGCUGCUCCUGGCGCUGGGACACACGUGGAGCUACCGAGAGGAACCCGAGGACGGCGACAGGGAGAUCUGCUCGGAAAACAAGAUCGCCACGACGAAAUACCCGUGUCUGAAGUCUUCGGGUGAGCUCACCACGUGUUUCAGGAAAAAAUGCUGCAAAGGGUAUAAAUUUGUUCUUGGACAGUGCAUCCCAGAAGAUUACGAUGUGUGUGCCGAGGCUCCCUGUGAACAGCAGUGCACGGAUAACUUUGGCCGAGUGCUGUGUACCUGUUACCCGGGAUACCAGUACGACCGGGAGAGACACCGGAAGCGGGAGAAGCCGUACUGCCUGGAUAUCGACGAGUGUGCCACCAGCAACGAGACACUGUGCGCCCACAUCUGCGUCAACACCGUGGGCAGCUACCGCUGUGAAUGCCGGGAGGGUUACAUCCGGGAGGACGAUGGGAGGACGUGCACCAAGGGAGACAAAUACCCCAACGACACUGGGCACGACGAGAAGUCUGAGAACGCGGUGGAGGCCAAGACCUGCUGUGCUACGUGCACUGAGUUUCACCAGAUGAAGCAGACGGUGCUGCAGCUGAAGCAGAAGAUUGCCCUGCUCCCCAACAGUGCUGCCGACCUGGGCAAGUACAUCACUGGCAACAAAGUGCUGGCCUCAAAUGCCUACCUUCCAGGACCUCCUGGACUGCCUGGGGGCCAGGGCCCUCCUGGCUCACCAGGACCUAAGGGGAGCCCGGGCUUCCCCGGUAUGCCAGGCCCUCCCGGGCAGCCCGGCCCACGGGGCUCCAUGGGACCCAUGGGACCAUCUCCUGAUCUGUCCCACAUUAAGCAAGGCCGGAGGGGCCCUGUGGGUCCGCCAGGUGCACCAGGAAGAGACGGCUCUAAGGGAGAGAGAGGAGCACCCGGACCCAGAGGGUCGCCAGGACCCCCUGGUUCUUUUGACUUCCUGCUGCUGCUGCUGGCCGACAUCCGCAACGACAUCGCUGAGCUGCAGAAGAAGGUGUUUGGGCACCGGACGCACUCUUCAACGGAGGAGUUCCCUUUACCUCAGGAAUUUUCCAGCUCUCCGGAAGCCAUGGACUUCAGCUCUGGAGACGAGUACCCAAAAACAACUGAGACAAGAGACUUGGGACCCACCAGAGACUUUUAUCCUUAGCACAUCCUAACAUCUUCAUGCCAAAGGAGGAGCAAAGAGUGUUUUCACCUGCAGUUAAAUCCUAUACAGAAAAAAAAAAAAAAAACACUGGAGACCUAGAAAAGAUACAUUCUUAAUUUCUUGAGCUCUUUUCCCACCUCCUCCUUCCUCCUCUUCUUCCAAAUACUGUUCUCACAGUCCCCCUGCCGGGAAGACAUGAGGGAGUAAGUCGCUAAUUACAUGUUUCCUUCCAAGAGCCAGUGGGGGGGGGGGGGGGGGUGGGAGGGGGUGCUGGGGGUUGGCUGUUCUACAUGGGAACUUUCCCUCCUUCCUACUGAGGAAUUUCUGGAUUUCUGAGUUAAGUACUCUCAUGGUAUCUUAAAGUUUGGCACAAUAUCCAAACGGAAAAAGUGGCAAGGUAAGUUCUGAGAAAAUGGGAGGUUACUUAUUAAAAAUAUAUAGAUGGAUAUGUGUCCAAAAUCAGUAACCACUCAGUAUCAAAAUUAGGCUUCUUCAGUUAAAACGGGAAGGCGAUAAUGUAUAUUUACCUUGGCAGAUAAUUCUUUGUCCUUGUCAAUCUAACAGUCUAAUAUAUUUUAAAUGUUCUACUCUCUUAUCCAACCUCGUUUCCCAAUUUUGAUUAAAGAAAGGAGGGAAUGGAGUAGGAACGGAUAUUAGGGAAAAUGGAGAAAAAUUAGUCCUAUGUUUACUGUCCUAUAAGUUGCCACAUUCUGAGUUCAAGUAUGACCAUUAAGGGUUCAUGCCCUGCAUAUCUGCAAGUUGCCUGUAGUAAUAGGAGUAAAAACUCUUCUCAAAACAAAGUAAACAAAUGAAGAACCCUUAUUCCCAUUAGAACAAUGGGCUUUGCCAGGACAUUUUAAAGCUGCUUGAUCAAAUGAGUGGGCUUGCUCAGUAAAUCACAGAUAUUAAAUAAGGGUGGCUGACCCUUAGGGAGACGCACUGAACGGCCAGGCUCAGACCGGGUGCCCAGAAGGUGCCAUUACGCCCUGAUCCUUGUUGGAUCGGUGUGCACUGGGGCUGGAGGCUGCAAGGAGGUCGCUCACUGGGGUUGUGGGAGAAGCAGAAGGUUGCCUCAGGCAGGGACCCCACUGAAUCUGCAAAGGCAAGUAAAUUUGCCAUCGUUGGGAAUUGGAAGUCCUUGUCUGGGGCGGGUGAAGCUUGCCAACACAGAUACGCUGUUAGAAGUUCUCUUGGAUGCAGAGGGAAGUAACAGUUUUUCUUGUUUGGCAGACAUUUGCUUCCCGCUCUUCCCAUUUUUCCUUAAUUUUCCGUAACUUAGUCCAGGUUCCAGUUCUUACAGGCCUUCUUGAUUCCCCUUCCUCAGCAAAUGCGGGAAGCAGUUGGGAAAGUGGUGUAUUCUCAAACCCGCCAUUGAGUCUGUGUUUGCUCGCACAGCCGCGAGCCUUUCCAGAAAAAGGCCUCCUCUGGUUCCAUAGAGACUGGAGCGAGAGCGGUGCUGAAGAGACCAGGAGCAUUUUCUGCUUUGGAACAUCAUUGGGGAACGUCUUGGUUUUGAUGGGGAGCACGCGGGGCUCCUCGAGUCCAUGUUCACAUCUACCACGUGGAAAGGCGGCCACCUGCUCGGGGCCCUUCACCCCGGCGUGGACCCGCACAGAUGCUCGCUGUCACACGCACGCCUGCUCAUGUUGGGGUUCCUGUUCCCCACCCUGCAGUUUGUCCCUGUAUUUCUGGGAAGGGCGUGUUUAUUUCUUCCAUCGCCUUUUCACCCAUCACAUAACUAUCUUCCUGGGAAAGCUUCUUUAAAAGCCACUGUUGGUGUUUGUCGUUCCAUCUUUCCGUCUCCUUCCUCCAGAACAAUAGGCAGGGCUUCUGGGUGCGAAUCGCAAGUGACAAGAGCCUCCCUCCCCCUGUUGCCAUCAAGUUAAAUCCCUGGGAUUCCAGUCGGUCAGCUGGUGGCUGGAGUUUCCACGGACCCUCAACACCACUAUUCCUUUCUCCUGCAAAAUCCCCAGUGACAGUCCAUCAGAAAGUUACAGCGACAAGCAAACACGUUCUCAGUGCGCCUUCUCUAGCAUUUUCCGUCGCUCCCCAGUCUCUCCGGAGUCCCAUCUUCACCGCAGAAGGCCUCGCCAACCUCGGGUUCACUAAGAGCUGAACUGAGCGGCCGUGGAUUCCCAUCUGGAAAGCAUUUAACGUUGCCGGCUCGUGGAACACAAUAUUUAAAGGGUGUGGAUGGAUGAAUGCUAAAGAAAAUUCUCCCCAGGCUCCAUGAGAAAUGAUUCGGUCCAUCUUUGAUUUUUUUUUUUUAAAUGAGGAUUUGUGUUUGGAAAUAUGUCUCUUUUAUUGUCAAAUGUUCGCAACAUACAACCGAAGAGCACGUUUGACGGGAGGCUAGGAUAAUACAUUAAAAAAAUGAACUGAAGGACGUAAUCGUUGGGGUUCAUGAGACUAGAUAAUAUUCUCUAGCCCAACACACAAUAACCUGUGUCGUAUGAUCUCAGUCUGCUAGAUCAGUUUAUAAAAUCAUUGUUCAUCCUCAGGUUUUCAAAACCAUGGACUGCUCCUCCUCAACCCCUUGGCAGAAAUACUGACUUUCAUUUUUUGCACCCUGAUGACUAGAACUUAGAAUAGGACCUAAGAAUUGCUCUUCUUUUUGGAAAGCAGUGGGAAUAAAAAUAAUCCCGUUGGAAAUAGUGCACAGAAGGCCCCAGUUUAGUUUAGGAAAAUCCUCCUCCCUUCCUAAAUUCCAGAAGGAGAAAUUACAUGCUUUCCCAGGCCAGAGAGUUUGGGGGCACAAGGGCAAUGCUGUCUUCUCUGUCCUGUGUUAAGUCCAACACCUGCUACAGAGUGAACUGACCAACUGAAGUCAUUUCUACUCUAUGAACUCAGGCGGGUUCAUACAGGUAAAUAAUAAAUACACAUUGGCAUGGAGGGAGGAGUAUUACCCCACCAAAUAUCGGGUGAAGGGGACACUGGUCAUGCUCCCUUUCCAGGGGUCACAACUGUUUGCCUCGUGAUCGCUUUUUCCAGGCAGGCAGGGGAAGGAGAUAUUCUCCGUAACUAAGCACCAGGCAUCUCCUUGGGCUGAGAGCAAAUCCCUCACCGUACUUUGGGGGUCACUGCCCCUCCUCCUCUCCCCAACUCCAGCCUGUCAGAGACACAGCCGCCUCAUUGUGCAACCUUGACAUCUUUCCGAUAACCUUCCUGAAAAGGAAAUUUAUAUAUGGGAAUCCAGGCCAAACAACUAAUAGAAUAGAGCCGUCUCAAGUUAUUAAUAAUGAAUUCAGGGAAAUAGAUGAAAUUUUUCCUGGCAUGGUCAGCAUGUGUAUUUCACAACAAAUCAAAAAACAAUUUCCAUUUGGAAAAAAAAAAAAAAACCAUGACUGAUUGCUAAAGCAUAAAAUCUUGGACUUCAUCUGCUCCUUCAAAAAAUAUUACUGCUUUAGGGAAAUCAAAGAAGAAGGAAAGACCCUUUCACGCAUCCCCCUGAGACUUGAACAUUAUAAGAUCCUGAAGCAUGUGCCCUGGGGAUUUAAUGUGUCACGAUGGUUUUUUAUUUCCUAGUGAUUACUCCUGUACUUCAGUAGCCAUGUUCAUUAUUUAUAACAGGUCUAUAUAACAGCUGAGCUAGUAUUGGAACAGUUACGGAUGUGAUACUAUGAAGUACUUUUGAUAAGAUUAUAUAUGCUUAAUAACAAAGUUAUUUUUCUUA